AAACCAAAGCAUUCAUCGAAUUUAGGCGCUUUUGCCCGCAAUUCGUUGUCGGAUAUUUCUGAGCCCUUUCGGUUCCGUAGCCGCAGGCAGCCGCGUCUCCUCCCGACCGCGAAUCGCUCGAGGAUCCAGCGCCUUCUUCCCCCGUUCUUCCAGUUAGGACUUAGGGCUCCUCGCGUCUCCCCCAAUCUCUCCGCCUCCCUGAUCUAGCGAGGUUUCUGGUCUUCGAGUCGAUUGAUCGAUCCGACGCCGUCCCGCCGGAGCUAAACUAUCCGCAUUCUAACGCCGCCAUGGCUGCAAAGCUUCUGGCCAACUUGAUAGUUAUGGGUUCUGGGAUAUUGGGAAGAGCGGUUUUACAAGCAUAUCGCAAGGCACUAGAAAAUGCAAAUAAAACUGGUGUUGCACAUGAAGCUGUCCAAAAUAUACGCAGAGCUAGUAAAGCCAUGACUGAACAGGAAGCUAGGCAGAUAUUAGGAAUCAGUGAGCAGUCAACCUGGGAAGAGAUUGUGCAGAGGUAUGAUAUCUUGUUUGAGAGGAAUGCCAAACAUGGAAGCUUUUACCUGCAGUCAAAGGUUCACCGGGCCAAGGAAUGUUUAGAAGCUAUAUACCAACAGAAGGGCGAUGGAAAACUUUGAACACCCUAACCUCCCCCUCGUCUGGAUGCAGAUGUUUCUGCAGUUAAUUUGUACAAUCUUAUAUUUUUUUAUAUCUACCGAGUUAUGAAGGUGUUGGGAAAUGUGUUUUUGAUUUGGAUGUCAUUUUUCACUAGGAAUGCAGCGUUUUACCCUUUUUUUUCUCUUUACUUUUGUUUUAAAUUAUCAUCUCAAGUCCUAUAUAUAGAAACUUCAGUCUUUGAGGGACUUUUUCCCUUAUGCUGAAAGCUUGCAUUAAUCAUAUCCAAAUUGCAAAUUUCUCAGCA